AUGAGUAAAAAGGCUCAAGAUCCUCCCAUAAAGAAAAAUGCCUUUGUGCAUAAACUAUAUACUAUGUUAAGUGACCCCAAAAUAAGUCAUUUGAUAUGGUGGUCUGAUUCAGGUGAAAGUAAUACUUUUGCUUUAUUUCCUGGUAAAGAAUUUGCUGACGCUUUAACUGGUUACUUCAAACAUGGUAAUGUGGCAAGUUUUGUAAGACAACUACAUAUGUAUGGAUUUCAUAAAGUAAGUGAACCAACUUCAACUAGUAAUAUGGAUAAAGAUACUCCUUCCAUUUGGGAAUUUAAACAUCUGAGUGGGAAAUUCAGAAAAGGUGAUGAAAGUUCCUUAAUUUAUAUUAAAAGAAGAUCAAGUUCAAAUAGUUCAAGAAAUAGUUAUAAUGGUAAUCAACAAGGUCAUUCUCAUUCUCAUCAUCAUGAAUAUGGUAUGCAUACUUCUUCUCCUUCUCCUUCGACCUAUGAUAUUCAUGGUCAAUAUUACUCAGGUCCUCCACCUCCUCAACAACCACAAUCAUAUAUCCAAUAUUAUGGUGCAAAUGGAGCUCCAAUCCCACCUCCUCAUCCACAUAUGCAUACUACAGUUCAAGCCGUUCAAAUCCCUCAUACUUUACCACUACCAAAACAUGGUGAUCCUUCAGUAGUAAGUGUGCCCUAUGGUUACCUGUACCCACCACAACAAGUUUACGGUUACCCACAAUAUGCUCCUCAAAAUUCUUACAUACAACAACCUCAACCUCUUUUACAGCAUCAAUAUCCUCAACAACAGCAACAACAACAACAGUUACCACCACCACCACCCCAGAUGAGACAGACUCCUCCAAUCCCAUUAUCACCAUCAACUAAAAGAAAUAAUUCUGAUCCAGUAAAUAGUACUCAAACUCCAACUACCAUAAAAGUUCAACAUUAUUCUCCUAAUUUACAAUUUAGAAAAAUUUGGGAAAAUAAUAACAGUAAUCAAAACGCUCCUGGUAGACCAAGAAAUCCGUCAUUAUUAUUUGAUCCAUUAGCUCCAGCUCCUCCUCAAGAAAGUCAAUAUCUUCAACAACCACAACAGCCACGACAACAUCUUACUCAUAUGUAUCAGCCAUAUCAAUCCCUCAGUCGACACAACUCGUCUACAUCUACAUACUCCAAGGAAUCGUUCAGUUCUACUACGGAGUCAUUAGAAUCAAGACUGUCUAUAAAGUUACCUCCACCAUCAUCAAUUCAUAGAUCAUCAUCAAGUACUGUGCAAUAUCCAAAAUCUCCAGAACCUCCUCGUGAAGAAUCACCUGUACCAGUUCCAAUACCAACUUCAUCUGCAGCUGUUCCAAGAAGUAUUCCUACUAAUUUUGAAGCUUCUCCAGUACCAAUAAUUCAACAUCCAACUUCAUCUUCUUUACCCAAUUCACCAUCUGGUAUGGAUGCUAAAAGACCUUCAUUAUUACAUGGAAAUGGAUCACUUCAAGACCGUUUGAGACCGUCUUUAAUUGAACUUUAUUAUGGAAAUCCUCAACAAACAAACUCAAAUUCUAAUUCUGCUACGACCGCUAAUAACAACAACAAUAAUAACAAUCAUAAUAAUAGUACAGCUUCCACAUCAUCAAACAAUAAUAGAGGUAGUUUGAUUCGUCCACAUGAUUCUAUUGGUUCCCAAUCAUCUCAUAAUUCUAUCUUCUCCAAUCAAUCAUCACUUUCUUCCAUAUCUUCAUUUCAAAGAGCUUCUUCAUUUGGAUCAAUUUCUCAUCAAGUACCUGACCAAAAUGGAAAGAUUUCUAUUUCAGUUAGUCCUCAUGAUCAAGUCAGUGCAAGGACUUCAGAUUUAAAUCAAUCUAUUACUUCGAAACCUUCAUCUAUAAUUGAUCCAUCUGAUGUUAAAUUACCUCCUUAUAGAAGUUUAACUCCACCGUUGAAUUCUGGUAUUAAAAGUACAACACUUCAACGCCAGACUUCAAUUCCAGUUAUGCAUAGAUCGUUAACAAGCUCUCCAUUAUCUAAGACUUCUCAUGAAUCAUUUGAUAAAUUAAAAGAUAGUUUGAAGACUGAUGUUAACAAAAAAGUUUCAGUUGAAUCUUUAUUAGAUGACUCCAAUGGUAAAACUGCUGAUGUUAGUCCUUUGGUUAACAUUGAAGAGAAUGAAAGUGAUAGCACAGUGGUUCCAAGUCUGGCUGAUGCUGAUAUUAAGAGAAGAAAAUUAGUCUAG